GAUAAAUGUUUUAUUUGCAUUCUAGAAACCAUGUUGAGGUAAUGUCAAAUAGUUGACAAGAGUCAAGCAUUCGUCUGUUGGUGCUUCACUAGAUAACAUAUAUUGGGUUUCUCUCUCGAAGCAGACACAAAAACCUGCAGAAAUGUUUGGUUCUGAAUCUAAUGUGGUGAACUGCUCUGCUCUAGAGCCUACAGAUCUAGUUGGGCCGGUUCAGAUGUACGGUUCUAUGGGACACUGGAUGACGGCAGUGUACAUAAUUCUUGUCCUGCAUGUACUGCCAGUUUGGCUUGCGGCAUCUUUUACUCUCUUCAGGUUAAAUUCUUUCUGUCCACCCCAGCUCCGACCCUCCUUAGCCUGGUUAAUCUGUAUACCGCCGGCGGUAAUGUCUUUAACCGCUACCGGAAUACUUCUACCAUCUUCGGGUGUAUUCAUUGAGAUACUACUGGAUAUAGUUCUAUGUUUAGAUACUACUGGAUAUAGUUCUAUGUAUGUUUAG